AUUGUCGGAUUCUCUGAAUGCAUCGGAUCAUUUAUGAAUCUUGAAAGCGUUCAUUCAUUUGCAUUUGGGGUUAUAAACGAUAAUCGAACUAUUUUAAACUCGAUUCGAGCACGCGAAAGACAACAGAUAUAAAUAAUAACCUUUCUGGAUUUAUCGAGAAAAUGCCUCAUUUCAAACGCAUUAACUUGUGAUUUCUGUUGUACCACGUGUGCUUGUUUGAAUUGAAUGAGGCGCGCUCACGCCAGUCUGCUCGUGCCCGGCCCGCACUAUGCAGAGGAAACGCGAGGCACACCUUUGCAGAAUUAUUGUGAUUAUUUCUUUAAAGUAAUUGUGCAGAAUUCAGGCCGAAGGAGCGAAACACACGUUUGCAAUGAGAACCAGACAAUGGAGUGUGUGUACAGAAGCCGUGUGAACCAGCAUUGCUCCAGAGACACCGGAGUUCGAGGUGUGUCUGGUGGCCGCUCCAUAAUGAAGAAAAAGAGCUCUCACAAGCACAAACACAUGCAUCACAGUUCUCUCGGUGAAAGCAUUGUGGGCUGUCGAAUACAACACAACUGGAAGGAAGACGUCUACAGUGCCGUCUCUCGCUGGACGGGGACCGUACUAGUCCAAGUGUCGGUCAACUCGUCUCUGUACCUCAUCAAGUACGAUGGAGUGGACUGCGUCUACGGCCUGGAGAUCUUCAGAGAUCAGAGGGUGCAGAAUCUGGAGAUAUUCCCCGGGGAGAUCGCCUCGUUUCGGGUCAGUGACACUCGUCUGGCGGAUCAGCUGCUGGGACGGCCCGUGGUCCACCUGUUUGAGACGGACGAGGGCUCCAAGGAUGAGUGGAGAGGUCUGGUGCUCUCCAGGGCUCCCAGCAUGCCUGCCUGGUUCUUCAUAACUUAUGAGAAAGACCCCAUGCUGUACAUGUACCAGCUGACGCAGGAUUAUAAAGACGGGGACCUUCGGAUACUUCCGGAUUCAGAUGAUGGGGCGGAGCUCAGAGAGCCGGGGGAAGCGUGUGAUUCGCUGGUUGGGAAGCAGGUGGAGUGUGAGAAUCAGGACGGCACACAGAGGAUGGGUACCAUCAUCCAGCAGGUUCAGACCAAACCCUCCAUCUACUUCAUCAAGUUUGAUGACGACUAUCACAUCUACGUCUAUGACAUGGUUGGAUCGUGAGUUUCCGCUGAGACCUUCGCCCGUCGUCACGCAACGGCUUUUUCACUGGAACAAAAUCUGUUUCUCUUUUGUAUAAAUAAACGUUAGACACGAAGAUAUAUCUUUUA